AUUGUGGCCUGGUAAUCCCUCCCCAGCCCCCUUUUCCUCCUCCUGAGGUAGAGAUACUGAAAGGUGCAGGAGACAACUCCCUGCUGGCUCUGGACGCUUCAGAUGGAUGUAAGGGGUUCUGAGGAGCUACUUUGAGGCCUUUUUACUGGGUAUUUGGAGGUUUCACCAGAGAAUGAGGCUUUGCCUGUCACCUUUGUGUUUUCCCGCCUUCUGAAGCACAACAUUCAACAUGGGAGAGGUUCAAAAGGGAUUCUUCUCAGUCCUACAGAAAUUGAAAGGAACCACAGAACAGGAACUGCGGAUAGUCCUUCUGGGUCUGGACAACGCUGGGAAAACCACACUGCUAAAACAGCUCUCGUCCGAGGAUGUCAACACUAUUACCCCCACCCAGGGCUUCAACAUUAAAAGUCUCACUUCUCACGGAAUAAAAAUGAAUGUGUGGGACAUUGGAGGACAGAGGAAGAUCCGACCAUUCUGGAAGAAAUAUCUUGAAAAAACUGAUUUAUUGAUAUACGUCAUUGACAGUGCAGACAAGAAGCGGUUUGAAGAAACUGGACUGGAACUGUCCCAGCUGAUUGAUGAGGAGAACCUGAAUGGGGUUCCGGUGCUCAUCUUUGCAAACAAGCAGGACCUGGCCACAGCCUCGCCCGCUAGCGAGAUCGCAGAGGGCCUGAACUUGCACACGUAUCGAGACCGGGCUUGGCAGAUACAGGCCUGCUCAGCUGUCUCUGGAGAGGGAGUACAGGACGGCAUGAACUGGAUUUCCAACAAUAUUGUGAAUAAGAAGAAAGAUGACUAACCCCUGAGUAUCCAACAUGCAGAUUUUUAAACAUACUUUUGUGCUUUACAACAUUGGUACAUUUGUUGACCCAAUGCAAUGGUGACAGGUUUAUAUAGAUGAAGCUUUCUCUUUGAACAUUCCCCAAAAUAUUUCCCUCAGAUGGCUUCUCAAAACCAGCCCGAGGUUAAUGGGAUGGAAGUUAGGUAAAAACAGGACCAUCAACAACAGAACAAAACACUUAACUCUUUUCCCUGUCCCAGAAAAAAGGGUUCUUGCCAUUGCUGUGGAUAAUGCUUAUUGUUUGGGGGGGGGGUAAUCAUUGUCCAGGAAGUGCACAAGUACUCGAAGGGGAACAGCAAAUAGGCAGAUAAUCCAAAAAUAUUUUUAGUAGAACAUUUCUCUUUUGUUUUAGGCACAUUAAUGAGGGAACAUUGGUACUUUAAGGACAAAGGGUUAAUGUUGUGGUUGUGAGGUUUGUCUGUUUGUACAUUUCUUGUUUAUGGAGUGAAUUUAAUUGUGAUAUGAAAUAAAUGUUGAAUUGGCAAGAU